UGAGCCAAUUCAAGAUUACAAAGAGAGAUGGGGUUUGUCAUUUUGUUUUCAGUUUUAGUCUUAAGUUCGUAUUCCUACCCUUAUAUGUUAACUUAUUUGCUGAAUUAUAUGUUUUGAAAAGAAGAAUGGAGUUGUAUGCUCUCAAAGUGGUGAUAAUUCCAAUAAAUAGAUCAAAAAAGAAAGGGGAGGAGCUAUGCACUCCAACUGUUUGACGAAAUGCUUGAAAGAGCCAUCUCACCUAAUUUUUUACCUGCCUAGCUAAUGAAUAUGAAAGAAGGCAUAUGUCAGCUUCCUCUAUUGCAAGACAUUAAAGUGCUUGGGUCAAUUUGUUCAGAACUUUCAAAGCCUAACAAAAAGUCAGUUCAUGGGCUUAUCAAGAUAUUCUCUAGCUUUGAGAGCUGCAUAAGGCUAAUGAUUAAAAAAAGAAAAGAUGCUUGUUGUUUGGAUAUGGAGCCAUGGAAGAACUUGGACCCUUCCGUGUUAACAGUGAUGGAAAAACACUCUACCCCAACCACUAUGCAUGGAACAAUGGUAACAAAAAUUCCUUUAAUUACUAUGUCUCAUUCACAUCACUUAUAA